UCUCCUCAGCACCACUGCCAUGUCUCUCCAGGUUUUCGUGUUAUUGUCUGUGGUGGCUAUCGCCUUGGGUAGCACAGUCCCAGCAUACAACACUCCUGCACCAUCCUACAAUGCCCCUGCCCCCAGAUACAGUGCUCCUGCCCCAUCCUACAAUGCUAUUGCACCUUCCGGUCCUGCGCAGUACGACUUCAACUAUGCAGUGAAGGACGACUAUUCUGGAAACGACUACAAUCACCAGGAAAAUCGUAAUGGCUACGAUACUCAGGGAGCUUACUACGUUCUCCUUCCCGACGGCCGUGUGCAGAGGGUUGCCUACACCGUGAACGGCGACUCCGGAUACGUGGCUGAAGUUACCUACGAGGGAGAGGCCCAAUACCCUGCUUACCAACCUGCCCCUUCUCGCUCCUACCAACCGGCCCCCACUCCCUCCUAUCACCCCACUCCUAGCUAUGCAUAAGUUAUUUUCUGGAGUAAGAUUUGAAUGUACAGUAUCAAUAUUUAUCGUAAUCUAUAAAAUUGCAUUAUA